CUUUGGUAAUGGAAAGCAUUACUGUGAAGAGAUGAGGUGGGAUGCGGUGGAGAGCGGGCUCAGCACACUGAGGGGAUCAGCAUGGAUGUGGAUGGUUUCUGCUGUCAAAGAAAAGUGAAGCCACGGUGACCUUGUGUUUGGCUGGUAGAUGUUGAUAGAAGAAGAGACAUCAUGGGUUUGUCACACUGGACAUCGGUGAACAUCUUCCUUUUGGCAUGCAUACGCCUAAGCCUUCAGGAGGUAACGCCCACUGAAGACUUCUCACCGUCAGAAGAAGAACUGAUUGUAUCACGUACUUUCUCCCCAAUUGGUCUUGCCCCAGUGACAGAAUAUCCUCCUUCAGAGGCACCUACAUGGCUUGAUGAUAAUGAAGCUUCAUUUUCUGAUGAAAGUCACACAGAUAUGUAUCUGGUGCAUGGUCCAACCUAUAAUACACCAGUUCUAGAAUCAGACCAACUUCAGAUUGAUAUGUUAUUACUUGACAAAAGCCAGGAAACAGAUGAAUAUGUGCAGACUGCCACUCCAAUUUAUGAGCUAACAGACAGACACCGGACAGUGGUGGCUAUUGUAGAACCUCCAAUGGUGCCUCUUGUGACAGACUCUUAUGGAUCAGCAUCUCCUUGGCCUGAAAUCUCGUCACAGUUACCCUUUACGCCUGACUUUACUACUGUUAAUGUUUCAAUAGAACUAAUUCCAGAGGCUGUAACCUCCUUGGAAACAUUGUUAUACCCUUUACUUGAAGAGGAUGAUGUACAGCCUGUAAAUUCAACAGUUCUGAGUAGCACUGGACCUCAGACGGAUGCAGACUCUUCACUGCCAUAUAUCUGGGACAUAAGCAAGCAAGCAGUUACUGAUUCUCGGCUACAUGAAGAUGAACCCACUGAAAUGGCAUCUUUUGAAGUGCCCACUAAAGAAAAUAACAUGGAUGAAGUAAAUGCUACUGAAGAUGCACCAUUUGUUAUAUCUGAAGUAAUUCCUGAUAAGAUCUUAGAAGUCUCAGCAGAGAAAGAUGUCCACCAAACAUAUGAGGACGUAUCUAACGUAGCAUCAACAAUGACAGUAAACAUCACUGAUACUGGUUUUAUUUUGCAUGGCUCAACAGCCCCAACAGAUCCUGCUUCUUGGGACUGCAAUCACUCUAGUUCUGAAAAAUGUGAUUUCAGCAUGACUCAGAGGCCCACUCCCCAUGAAGUAGAACCCACUCUCCUUGGACUUUCCCCGCUUCUGUCUUCUCCACCGAUUUUUAUUACACUGCAUGCUGACUGGAAUACAUCUGUGGCUGACUGGGGUAUUGCUUGGGAAGCUCUGGUAUAUGGCUCUGUUGGGCUAUAUGGAUCAGUGGCUCUACUUGCUUUACUCUCCAUUUUCUGCCUCGUGUUCAGAUGCCCCUCAGGUGGUUUUUAUUUCUCACUUUUACACCUACUGCUGAUAGCAUUAGGUGUCAGCCGAGCCUUCUCCCUUUUUUAUGAUGCAUAUGGUCACCAGGAUCGUCUCCCGGCUUUCACUGCUUUGCUUCUGCAUGACCUAGCCUUUCCCUGUAUGACUUCAAGCUUCAGUAUUGCAUUCCUCUUGCUGUGUUCAAGAUGCCGUCUUCAGCACUCAUCUCCAAGCGUUCCACGGCUCUGCCUCUUAGCUUCUGCAGCAUUGCUUCACUUUAUCACUGCAGGAGGAGCAGUUGUAGUUGUUGAUCUUUUACAGCAAUUCCCCUUCCUUCUUCUGGUUUCCAGGGGAUUUUAUGUCAUAUUAACUGUUGUUCUGUCUUUCUCCUUCUUCAUCUUUUGUUGCAUUGCAAGAACCCAAAGCACCCAAAUCUAUGACCUUAAAAGUUCUGCUCCCCCUACAGAAUAUAUCAGUGGAUGUCCUAUUGCAAACCUGAAAGACUGGUGCAGAGCAACACAUGUAGUUCUUUUGUCUGCCUGUUUUGGUAUUUUAAAUGCCGGCCUACAAUUGUAUGCUGUACUGUACGCCCUGGGCUAUGGUGGUUCCAUUGUUUUUAGCCCUUGGCCUUGGUGGGCUUUCCAGUUAAGCUCAAGCCUCUGUGAAGUUGGAAUCUGUUUCCCUCUUGCACUCAUAGGAGCCUACCCAAUUUUUUGUGCCAAUGAGAUUGGAAGAACCAACUGCUGGACACAGGUAUUUCGUCUUUCCCCUGGUCAUGUUACAAUGAAGGCACCUAUAUUACAAACCAGUCAUCAGUGGGCUUCUUCUCAACAUGAAAAGCUACUUGUCUGUGACACCAUCGCUAGGAGUGACUCGGAAUUCUUCCCACUCUACACUCUAGUGGAAAAACGCCUAAGUCAUGGAGAGGACCUCAGCUUAAUUUACCACAGCAACAAAAGCCUUGAGGUUCAAGGUUUAACCCUUCCCCAUGGUUACAACACACCAUCGUAUAUUAGUGUGCAAAUAGACAGUGACUCGACUGUUGAUUUUCACCCCCCAUCUCCAAUCAACCUGAGGCGAAGCAUUGAUGAGGCACUUUUCAGUGAAUCUUUGAUACCGAAGAGUCUCUUUCAUGGCACUACCUUGUCCAGUAGCUUGUCUCUCACAGUAAAAAGUUCCACAAAAAUGGAAGACUGUGUCUUUAAAGAAAAGGCCUCUGAUAGGGGACUAUAUCGAACUUCUUCUUGCAUGGAGAUAGAAGCAGGACUACCAUUAAUACAGCCUAUUCCAACCACAAGGCAAGACACUCCAGCGUCCUCGUCUCCAGGGGUAUGGAGAGGAGAGCAGAGCACUGCUAGCUCUUUGUGCAAAAUGUCAUUGGAUGGAUCAUCCUUGGUGCUUUGUUCCAGUCCAGAACAUGUAGCUCCCUCAACUUGCAAGCUUGAAGGAAAACAGGAGCCAGGUUGCAAAUCAAAAGAGGUAUACCAUACACUGACUUCACCAUCAAAGGAGUCAUUGGAUACUACAGCUCAGCCAGGAGAUAGCCUGAGAGAUGACUUGAUAAAUGUUUUUGGUCCAAUCGAUGCUUUGAGUGUUUGCAGUGACACCAUUGACUUGUAAAUGAAAUGCAGUAUUAAGAGUCAAGCAGACAUCUCACAUAUGAUGCACAUAUAUUGGGCAGAUGUGGUUGUUGUCAGAACUGACAUCUAUAUAUGAGAGUGGUUUCCAUUCUAGAGAAUCAAGAUAAGAUGUAUUUAGAUUUAACGUAUUUUAUAUAUUUAAUCAUUAAAGCUUACCAUCUUUAAAAGCAAA